AUGGUGUUCAUUCGUCUCACGGUGAAGAUCUUUCCCCAAGAUCCAAUCAACCCACGCUUGGGUGCGAUCCGGUCUUCGGCGAAGGCAAAGAAGCCGGGUGUCUUCCUACUCCCGAUUGAGAACCCCGAUGUGGUUGACCUGCGCACUCUGGCAGGUCUCAUUCGAGACAGGUGGACAUACCUGCACCCAGAUCUAGAACCUCUCGCGAUCAAACAAAUCUUCGACGACGCGAACGAUGACGUCGAUCUCUACCCCGAAUUGACAGUCGCCGAUGUCUGGAUGGACCAUGGAAAAGCGCGCACUGAUGGUCUCGACCAGUCAGGCACUGUGCGCAUCAUUCAAAAGCCCGCAGCUGCAGCUCCAGAACGUUUCCCUUCCGUUGCGCCAGAUUGGGAUGCACCUCUUGUUGCUGUCAAUCGCAACCGUGAGUCCAAGCUCAAGCGAAACACAACCGAGACCCGGAUCUCCCCGAUCCAAGAGGACGGGGACGAGGACAAGGUUGAGGAUGAGAGUGAGGGCGAGGAAGACGAGCCCCCGCGCAAAAACUUCUGGACCCAUCUUGAUCAUCAGCCUCAAACCAACCAGGUCUUGAAAAGCAAAUCUCCUUCUGCAAAUGACCUGACUCGCCACCAGCACAAUUUCCCACUCACCUCAGUUGAAUCUGACCAACGGGAGACCUCCCAGUCUGCUGCCGACAGCUCCAUGACCACCGGAACACCUGCGUUCAGAGGUACGACCGAAGAGAUCAGAGAGACACCUCCUUUUGAACUUCCUCCCUGGGCCACCUCACUGUCCCAACCUCAGCCAGAGCGCCCCGAUGCGGCCAAGCUUUCGCUCUCCAAAAGACGCGCUGCCACGCCUGGCAUUCGAGCCCUCUCGUAUGCGCAUGACGAUCAUCAUUCGCCGACUCCCGGCCAUUCCCCCGACAUCGCCCCCAAGCACCCGCCGUCGCAGCGAUCCCGUGGCUAUGACUUUGGAGAACCCAGGACGGAUGAAACAGAAAGUGUUGGUCAAAGCGCGGACACUUUCCUCAGCAGUUUCGGCGAGUUUGGUCAGCAUGCGCCUGAUGCCGACGGUGAUACUUUCAUGGGUGAAUCUCAGUCCGGUUCCCUGAAGCGCAAACAGAGCACCGGGGAGUCCGCCCCGAUCAAGGAAGCUCGCGUGGAACAAGCCCACCCAACGGCGAGACAGCAUUCGAAAACCAAGUCCCCUGAGCCUGAGCAUAAUUCUGACGAUGAAAUAAUCCUGGUGUCAGCGUCACCCAUCACGAAGUCUCCAGCCGCUACAACUGGGCAGCAACAGUCUCCAAAAGACCCACGCCUCCCGCGCCCCCCGUCAUUUUGCAGCCCAAGCCGCCGAGAAAACUGGGCCAAGGAGAUGGAGCGAGAUUCGCCCGGCCAACGGAGGGGACGAGGGCUCGGUCUGGGGUUCAAAACACUGCUUCCUGGUAGCCCUACCUCUCAAGAUGCAUCGCGAACCUCCGCCCCUGAAGCAUCCACAAAGGACUCCUUGGAUACCCACGAAGUUGCACCGACAAUCCACGAAGCUGAACCGAACCCUCACGAAGUUGAAACGACAACCCACGAGGUUCAGCCAACAGCCCACGAGGUUCAACCGACAGCCCACGAGGUUCAACCGACAGCCCACGAGGUUCAACCGACAGCCCACGAGGUUCAACCGACAGCCCACGAGGUUCAACCGACAGCCCACGAGGUUCAGCCGACAGCUCACGAAGAUGAACCGAAAUCCUCGCAAACAACCGAAGCUGCCACCAGAGCCCAGGAAAAGCGCGAAGCAGCUGAGCUACAGGCUAUGCUCAAACAUCAGGUUCUUCCUGGUGACGUCAAGGGGAUUGUAGAGAGUAUGCUUCAUCAUCUCUUUCAAAUUAGGAAAGUUGGGUUUCAAAAGGGACAGAUGCCUCGCGCCAAGCUUGUUGAGUUGCGUCGGAAAUUGAAAGCACUUCAAGAGAAGGCAGAGACUUCAACGUCGACUCCGGCUUUGUCGACCCCGAAAACACGGGAAUCGGUCGAACACAAUCCGGUCAAGUCGACUCCUGCAAAGCAGACUCGGGCAUCAGUUGCACCCACUCCAACUGAAAACAUUCCUCUCAAGCAGACCCAGGCAAAGCGGACUCGGGCAUCACGGGAAUCGGUUGCACCCACUCCAACUGAAAACACUCCUCUCCAGCCGACUCCUGCAAAGCCAACUCGGGAAAGACAGGCAUCAGUUGCUCACACUCCAACCGAAAACACCCCGGCAAAGCAAACCCAGGAAAAGCCAACUCCUGCAAAGCGGACUCGGGCAACACGGGCAUCGGUUGCACCCACUCCAAUUGAAAACACCCCGGUAAAGCCAACUCCUGCAAAGCCAACUCGUGCAAAGUCUACUCCUGCAAAGCCGACUCCAGUCAAGCCAAGUCCCGCAAAGCCAAGUGCUGCAAGCCAGAGUCCAGCGAGGCACCCUCCAGCAAAAUUCCAAUCCAAGCAAGCAACCCACGAACAUCGUACCUAUCUUAAAGACUUGUUCGCGUCCCAGAAGGAGGAUCUUGCAACCCGAGCUAGAUCUCAAGUGCCAGAAUCAGUGGAACCGGUCCCGCCUCCCCAACCCACUCAAUUUGCUGUUCCCAGCAGCAGUGAAUCCGAAUCAUCGGAUUCAGACUCCUGA